GACACUUUUCGCCCAAUAUCGACCUACCCUCUUCCCGUCCAUCUUUCCAACCAUGGCAGGCUUCAAACGCGGUGGUGCCCGAGGCGGUGGCUUCAAAAAAGGCUUCGCAAAGAAACGCUCCUCUCCAGACGAAGAUGAUAGCGCGCCGCGCGCGAGCAAGAAAGCAAAGGGCGACGAGGAGGACGAUUCUACUCUUGUGAUACCCAAACUCGAGACUGAUGAUAACGGAGAUGUAUAUGUCGCUCUCAACACAAGCGGCAAGCGACGCCUCACGGUCAGCGAUUUCAACAAAAACACUCUUGUUAGUAUACGGGAGUACUACAGUACUGAUUCCGGGGAGAUGAGGCCAGGGAAAAAGGGUAUAUCUCUCACGAUCGACCAAUACAACACUCUUCUCGCUGCCGCGCCACUCAUCGAAGCCACCUUAAAGAAAAAGGACAUUGAAAUGGUGAGACCGGAUUAUGACGUUGAGCCAAGUGCGAGGAGCGACGAGGCAGGAGACAAGGAGGAAGAUGAGGAAGCGAAAGCAGACGAAGAGUCUGUAAAAGCAGAAUAUGAUGACGCAGAAGACGGCAAAUAGCUCGGUCUCAGUAACAGUGUUUUUGGUUUCAUUCUCGGGGUAUAUAAGAUGGGUAUGAGUGCGGUGGCAGUGGGCUAGGCGUGUUUUCUGUCGCAGUGCAUUGUCUUGUAUUAGUGGAUGAAUGGAUAAAGUUCAACAGC